AUGGGCACCAGUAGCGGGUGCCAGGUGCUGGCGUGGGCCCUUGCAGCCCUGCUCGUGCUGCACCAGGCAGGGGCCCAGGCCAGUGCAGAGCCGAACUGGGGGAGCUCAGAGCCCACGGCAGACAGCCAGAUGGCAGACAGCACCCAGACUAUGUCAUCGCCCACCCAGCGCAUAACCCUCCUUCCCCCCAUCACUGUCUUCCCCAGAAUGAGCCCCCUGAACCCUGCGCACAACGGGCGUGUGUGCAGCACCUGGGGCGACUUCCACUACAAGACCUUCGACGGGGACAUCUUCCACUUCGCUGGCCUCUGCAACUACGUGUUCUCCGCGCACUGUGGCGCCGCCUACGAGGACUUCAACAUCCAGCUGCGCCGCGGGCUGGUGGGCUCCAGGCCCACCAUCACCCACAUCGUCCUCAAGGCCCAGGGGCUGGUGCUGGAGGUGUCCAACGAUUCCAUCCUCAUCAACGGGCAGCGGGAGGAGCUGCCUUACAGCCGCACAGGCCUCCUGGUGGAGCGGAGCAGCGAUUAUGUCAAGGUCAGCAUCCGGCUGGCCCUGACCUUCCUGUGGAAUGGAGCAGACAGUGCCCUGCUGGAGCUGGACCCCAAGUACGCCAACCAGACCUGCGGCCUGUGCGGGGACUUCAACGGGCUCCGGGCUGUCAACGAGUUCUACGCCCACAAUGCCAGGCUGACCCCUGUCCAGUUUGGGAACCUGCAAAAGCUGAACGGCCCCAUGGAGCAGUGCCAGGACCCCCUGCCCUCACCGGCUGACAACUGCACAGAUGAGGAGGGCAUCUGCCGCCACACUCUGCUGGGCCAGGCCUUCACUGAGUGCAACACCCUGGUGGACGCCGAUGCCUAUGUGGCCGCCUGUGUCCAGGACCUGUGCCGCUGCCCCACCUGCCCCUGUGCCACCUUUGCUGAGUACUCCCGCCAGUGCACCCACGCAGGGGGCCAGCCACACAACUGGCGGGGCCCUGACUUCUGCCCCCGGACGUGCCCCCACAACAUGCAGCCCCAGGAGUGCAGCUCGCCCUGUGCUGACACCUGCUCCAACCCCCAGCGCUCCCAGCUCUGCGAGGACCACUGCAUGGACGGCUGCUUCUGUCCCCCAGGCACGGUGCUGGAUGACAUCACGCAGUCAGGCUGCGUGUCCCUGCAGCAGUGCCCCUGCCGUCAUGGCGGCCACACCUAUGCCCCGGGAGCCUCCUUCACUACCAGCUGCAGCUCCUGCACCUGCUCCGGGGGGCUGUGGCAGUGUGAGGACCUGCCAUGCCCCGGCACCUGCUCCAUACUUGGUGGAUCUCACAUCUCCACCUACGAUGAGAAGCUCUAUGACGUGCAUGGGGACUGCAGCUACAUCCUGUCCAAGACAUGUGCUGACGGCGCCUUCACCAUGUUGGCCGAGCUGCGGAAAUGCGGUCUGACUGACAACGAGAACUGCCUCAAGACGGUGACGCUCAGCCUGAACGGUGGGGACACGGCCAUCCGGGUCCAGGCCAAUGGCGGCGUGUUCAUGAACUCCAUCUACACCCAGCUGCCCGUGUCGGCAGCCAACAUCACCAUCUUCAGACCGUCGACCUUCUUCGUGGUGGUGCAGACGGGCAUCGGCCUGCAGGUGCAGGUGCAGCUGGUGCCCCUCAUGCAGGUGUUCGUCAGGCUGGACCCCUCCCACCGCGGGCAGACGUGCGGCCUGUGUGGGAACUUCAACCAGAACCAGGCUGACGACUUCACGGCGCUCAGUGGGGUGGUGGAGGGAACGGCUGCCGCCUUCGCCAACACCUGGAAGACCCAGGCCUCCUGCCCCAACGUCAAGAACAGCUUAGAGGACCCCUGCUCCCUGAGCGUGGAGAAUGAGAACUACGCCCUGCACUGGUGCUCGCGGCUGACAGACCCCGCUGGCGCCUUCUCGCAGUGCCACUCCACCGUCAACCCCGCGCCCUUCCACUCGAACUGCAUGUUCGACACGUGCAACUGUGAGAAGAGCGAAGACUGUCUGUGCGCAGCCCUGUCCUCCUACGUGCACGCCUGCGCCACCAAGGGCGUGCUGCUCAGCGGCUGGAGGGACGGCGUCUGCACCAAGUACAUGAGCAGCUGCCCCAAGUCCCUGAGCUACGCGUACGUGGUGGACGCCUGCCAGCCCUCCUGCCGUGCCCUGAGUGAGGCCGACGUCACCUGCAGUGUCUCCUUCGUGCCAGUGGACGGCUGCACCUGCCCCACGGGCACCUUUCUGGAUGAGGCCGGCACAUGCGUGCCCGCCCAGGACUGCCCCUGCUACUUCCAAGGCACUGUGGUAGCUCCUGGAGAGGUUGUGCACGACAACGACGCAGUGUGCUCGUGUGCGAGUGGGAAGCUGAGCUGCCUGGGAGCCACCUUGCAGAAGGAUACAGGGUGCAAGGUCCCCAUGGUGUACCUGGACUGCAGCAACGCCUCCGCCGGCACCCCCGGGGCCGAGUGCCUCAGGAGCUGCCACACACUGGACGUGGACUGCUUCAGCACACACUGCGUCUCCGGCUGCGUGUGCCCCGCUGGGCUGGUGUCUGAUGGGACUGGGGGCUGUGUGGCCGAGGACGCCUGCCCGUGCAUGCACAACGAGGCCACCUACCAGCCCGGGGAGACCAUCAGGGUCGACUGCAACACCUGCACCUGCAGGAAUCGCAGAUGGGAGUGCAGCCACCAGCCCUGCCUGGGCACCUGUGUGGCCUAUGGGGACGGCCACUUUAUCACCUUCGACAGCGAGCGCUACAACUUCGAAGGCAGCUGCGAGUACACGCUGGCCCAGGACUACUGUGGGGUCAACGCCACCACCAACGGGACCUUCCGCAUCAUCACUGAGAACAUCCCUUGCGGGACCACAGGUUUCACCUGCUCCAAGGCCAUCAGGCUCUUUGUGGAGGGCUAUGAGCUGAUCCUCCACGAGGGCACCUUCAAAGUGGUGGAGAGGGCAUCGGGCAGGGACCCACCCUACAGGAUCCGCUACAUGGGCAUCUUCCUGGUCAUCGAGACCCACAGUGGGAUGGUCGUGUCCUGGGACCGGAAGACCAGCGUGUUCAUCCGACUACACCAGGGCUACAAGGGCAAGGUCUGCGGCCUGUGCGGGAACUUCGACGGCAACGCCGUCAACGACUUCACCACGCGGAGCCAGUCCGUGGUGGGCAACGCGCUGGAGUUCGGAAACAGCUGGAAGCUCUCCCCAUCCUGCCCGGACGCCCAGGCGCCCAAGGACCCCUGCACCGCCAACCCUUACCGCAAGUCCUGGGCCCAGAAGCAGUGCAGCAUCAUCAACAGCCCCGUGUUCGCCGCCUGCCGCUCUCAGGUCGACUCCACCAGGUACUAUGAGGCUUGCGUGAGUGACGCGUGCGCCUGUGAUGCGGGGGGCGACUGGGACUGUUUCUGCACUGCCGUGGCCGCCUACGCUCAGGCCUGCCACGACGUGGCCGUGUGCGUGUCCUGGAGGACUCCGGACAUCUGCCCCUUGUUCUGCGACUACUACAACCCACACGGGGAGUGUGAGUGGCACUACAAGCCAUGCGGGGACCCCUGCCUGAGAACCUGCCGGAACCCGAGCGGGCACUGCCUCAUCGACCUGCCAGGCCUGGAAGGCUGCUACCCCCAAUGCCCGCCCAGCAAGCCCUUCUUCAGUGAGGACCACAUGAAGUGCGUGGCCCAGUGUGGCUGCUACGGUGAGGACGGACGCUACUAUGACAUUGGCUCAAGGGUCCCCACAGCCGAGAACUGCCAGAGCUGUAACUGCACCCACAGCGGCCUCCAGUGCACUCACAGCCUCACAGCCUGCACCUGCACCUACGAGGGCAGGACCUAUGACUACAACGAUGUCAUCUACAACACCACCGAUGGACUAGGUGGCUGUUUAACUGCCAUCUGUGGAAACAACGGAACAAUCAUCCGGAGGGCCGUGGAAUGUCCCGGAACCCUGUCCACGACACCAUUCACCUUCACCACCACCUCGGCCCUGCCCCCCAUGACAGCCCCCGCCCUGUCUACCGUGUGUGUCCGCGAGGUCUGCCACUGGUCUGCCUGGUAUGACGGGGACCGCCCAGAGCCCAGCAUGGGAGGUGGAGACUUCGAAACAUUUGCCAACCUGAGGAACAGAGGAUAUCAGGUUUGCCAGGCUCCAGCCGACAUUGAGUGCAGGGCACAGCGGUUCCCCUCCAGGUCCCUGGAGGUGCUGGGCCAGAAGGUGGACUGUGACCGGACGCAGGGGCUGACAUGUCUCAACAGCGAGCAGAGCCCCUCGCUCUGCCACAACUAUGAGCUGCGCGUUCUGUGCUGUGACUACGUGCCCUGCAACCCCACCCCAGUCCCGGGCACCAGCCCCUCCCCCUCCCCCAGUGCCACCACCCAGCCCGGGGCCACCACGGAGCCCACUGUGCCUUCCACCGCCACUGGGACAGCACCCCUCACAUCCUGGCCCACACCCACCCAGACCACAGUAACCACAGAAACCACCCUGCAGGCCACGCCGGGUUCCCAGUCCACAGCUGCCCUCACCUCACAGACCAGGUCUGUCUCGCCCAUGGCAACGGUCACCAGCCUGGUCACCAGCCCCCUAGCCCCGAGCACCACCUGUCGGCCCCGAUGUCAGUGGACAGUGUGGUUUGACGAAGAUUACCCCAAGUCUGAAGAAGCUGGGGGGGACAUCGAGUCGUAUGAUAAAAUCAGGGCUGCCGGAGGGGACAUCUGUGAGCAGCCGCAAGACAUACAGUGUGAGGCUGAGAACUUCCCCAACCAGACCCUGGAGGAGGUGGGCCAGCGUGCACACUGUGACCUCGGCUUUGGCCUGGUGUGCAGGAACCAGGAGCAGGCGGGCCUGUUCAAGAUGUGCUACAACUACCGGAUCCGCAUGCUCUGCUGCAGCACCGACCACUGCCAGGGAAGCACCAGCACCACGACGCCAGCCACAGAGCAGGGGACAGCCACCACGGCCACCCCACCCCUCUCCUCAACGCCAUCACCCAGGAGUCGCCCACAGGUGACCUGGACUUCCCCAGCCAGCACCACAGCAGGAUCCACCCCCUCAAGAGGAUCAACAAUCCCCAGCCACACGGAAACCUUUGUUACAGCUACCACGGGAAGCCUCACGGCUUCUCCAGUCUCCACAGGACCCGCCAUCCCAGGGGGAACCACGUCAGUCCUUCCAACUCACACGACCGUGCCAGGGACCAUUGGCAGUACUGGCACUCCAGGCAUCUCACAGCUGCCCACACCGGCCCCAGUAACAAAGCAAACCUCCACAGCUCACCUGCAAACAGGAGUACCGACAGGCACAGCCAGCACCUUCUCCAAAGGGCCUCUGACCACCAGCCUGCUGCUGACAACACGCACGAGCUGGCCGUCCACCAGCCACGUGGAGACCAGCGCACCCAGGUCAGAGAUGCCACCAGGCACCUCGACCAAGGCCACCACCAGCCAGGGUGCAACGCUGUGUCAACCCCGGUGCGAGUGGACAGAAUGGUUUGACGUGGACUUUCCAAUCUCAGGGGUUGCAGGAGGAGACAUGGAGACCUUCGAAAACAUCAGAGCUGCUGGGGGCAAGAUGUGCUGGGACCCACAGAAGAUCGAGUGCCGGGCAGAGAACUACCCCGAGGUGAGCAUCGACCAGAUCGGGCAGGUGGUGAACUGCAGCCUGGACACGGGGCUGGUGUGCAGGAACGAGGACCAAACCGGGAGGUUCAACAUGUGCUUCAACUACAACGUGCGCGUGCUCUGCUGCGACGACUACAGCCUCUGCCCCAGCGCCACCACGCCCCCACCCAGACCCCGCACCACGGCCACCACCCAACAACCCCAGCAGAGCCUCACCUCACCCAGGACCGCCAAGAGCCUCUCCAUCCCCACCACUCAGACAGGCACCCUCUCCAGGGCCACCGAGAGGGUCUCCAUCCCCACCACCCACACAGGCCACACCCUCUCUGGGACCACCAAGAGCAUCUCCAUCCACAGCCCCUCUACAUCCACAGCCACCAUCACCAGCCUCUUCCACACCUCAGGGCAGCCCACCUCUGGGACCCCAACAACAUCCCUGAGGUCUGCCUCAACCAGCGCCCUCCACACAGUCCCCCUGCUGACCUCUCGCAUUCGCUCGACCCCAGCAUCCUCCAGCACCAGGCCCACCUUGGCAACCACCCUCUCCUCCAGCCCCCCAAAGCCCAGCACCAGAACGUCCGCCUGGACCCCGUCCCCCAGCUCAGGCUGCAGGCCACGGUGUGCUUGGACAGACUGGUUCGAUGAGGACUACCCCACCCCUGGCCCCAACGGCGGGGACUUUGAGACCUACACGGUCAUCCGCGCGGCUGGCCAUGCCUUCUGUGAUCACCCGCAGGACAUAGAGUGCCGUGCCGAGAAGGCACCGGACCAGCCCCUGGAGGCACUGGGGCAGGUUGUCCAGUGCAACGUGAGCUUCGGGCUAGUCUGCAGGAACCGUGACCAGCCCAGGUCCCUGCCCUACUGUCUCAACUUCCACGUGCGCCUGCUAUGCUGUGAAAACUACAGCCACUGCGCCACCUCGCCCGCCGCCACCACAGGAGGCACAGCAGCCCCCUCCGCCACACUAGAGACCACCCAAACCACACUACAGCAGACCACCAGGGCUACGUUGCCCUCAACCACCACACCCAAGACAGCCCCCUCAUCCACCCUCGAGAUAACCCACACCCCAGGGCUGACCAACACGGCCACCUCGCCCAUGACCACAAUAUUGAAAACAAUCCCCUUGUCAACACUGGAGACCACGCAAACCACACUAGGGCUGACCUCCAGGACGAUGUCACCAACUACAACCAGAACGACAGCAACCCUCUACUCCACACAGGAGACCACCCAUACCCCAUCAGAGCUGGCCCACAGGACCACCUCACUCACCACCACCGCAGGAGCCAAAACAGCCCCCUCCUCCAGCCCAGAGACCACCCAAACCACACCAGGGCUGACCUCCAGGACCACCUCACCUGCUACCAAGAGCACCACAGCUGCCCCCUCCUCCACCCCAGAGACCACCAAAAUCACACCAGGGCAGACCACCAGGACCACCUCACCUGCUACCACCAGGACAACAGCAGCCUCCUCCUCCACGCCAGAGACCACCCAAAGCACACGAGGGCUAACUUCCAGGACCACCUCAUCUACUACCACCAGUUCCACAGCAGCCCCCGCCUCCACGCCAGAGACCACCCAAAACACACCAGGGCUUACGUCCAGGACCACCUCAUCUACUACCACCAGUUCCACAGCAGCCCCCUCCUCCACCCCAGAGACCACCAAAACCACACCAGGGCUUACGUCCAGGACCACCUCACCUGCUACCACAAGUACCACAGCAGCCCGCUCCUCCACGCCAGUGACCACCCAAACCACACCAGGGCUGACCUCCAGGAACACCUCACCUGCUACCACGAGCACCACAGCAGCCCCCUCCUCGACACCAGAGACCACACAAACCACACCAGGGCUGACCUCCAGGACCACCUCAACUUCUACCACCAGCACCACAGCAGCCCCCUCCUCCACUCCAGAGACCACCCAAAGCACACCAGGGCUGACCUCCAGGACCACCACACCUGCGACCACCAGCUCCACAGCUGCCCCCUCCUCCAGUCCAGAGACCACCCAAACCACACCAGGGCAGACCACAAGGACCACCUCACCUGCUACCACCAGCACCAGAGCAGCCCCCUCCUCCAGUCCAGAGACAACCCCAACCACACCAGGGCUUACAUCCAGGACCACCUCACCUGCUACCACGAGCACCACAGCAGCCCCCUCCUCUAAACCAGAGACCACCCAAACCACACCAGGGCUGACCUCCAGGACCACCACACCUGCGACCACCAGCUCCACAGCAGCCCCCUCCUCCAGUCCAGAGACCACCCAAACCACACCAGCCCUGACGUCCAGGACCACCUCACCCACUAUCAGCACAGCCCCCUCCUACACUCCAGAGACCACCCAAACCACACCAGGGCUUACGUCCAGGACCACCUCACCUGCUACCACGAGCACCAGAGCAGCCCCCUCCUCCAGUCCAGAGACCACCCAAACCACACCAGGGCUGACAUCCAGGACCACCUCACCUGCUACCAUCAGCACCACAGCAGCCCCCUCCUCCAGUCCAGAGACCACCCAAACCACACCAGGGCUGACCUCCAGGACGACCUCACCUGCUACCACGAGCACCACAGCAGCCCCCUCCUCCACGCCAGAGACCACCAAAACCACACCAGCGCUUACCUCCAGGACCACCUCACCUGCUACCAUGAGCACCACAGCAGCCCCCUCCUCCACGCCAGAGACCACCCAAACCACACCAGGGCUAACCUCCAGGACCACCUCAUCUGCUACCAAGAGCACGAGAGCAGCCCCCUCCUCCACGCCAGAGACCACCCAAACCACACCAGUGCUUACCUCCAGGACCACUUCGCCCUCUACCACCAGCUCCACAGUAAUCUCGACCUCUACCGUGGAGACCACCCAAAUCACAGCACGGCAGAGAAACAGAACUACCUUACCCUCCACCAUGGCAGAGACCACCCAAACCACAGCAGGGCUUACCUCCAGGACCACCUCACUCACCACCACCUCAGGAUCCACAACUGCCCCCUCCUCCACACCAGAGACCACCCAAACCACACCAGGGCUGACCACCAGAACCGCCUCACCUGCUUCCACCAGCACCACAGCAGCCCCCUCCUCCACGCCAGAGACCACCCAAACCACACCAGGGCUGACCACCAGGACUACCUCCCCUGCUACCACCAGCACGACAGCAGCCCCCUCCUCCAUUACAGAGACCACCCAAACCACACCAGGGCUGACCACCAGGACCACCUCACCUGCUACCUCCAGCACCACAGCAGCCCCCUCCUCCACCCCAGAGACCACCCAAACCACACCAGGGCUUACCUCCAGGACCACCUCACCUGCUACCACAAGUACCACAGCAGCCCCCUCCUCCACUCCAGAGACCACCCAAACCACACCAGGGCUGACCUCCAGGACCACCUCACAUGCUACCACCAGCACCACAGCAGCCCCCACCUCCACUCCAGAGACCACUCAGACCACACCAGCCCUGACCACCAGGACCACCUCAACUGCUACCACCAGCCCUACAGCAGCCCCCUCCUCCACGCCAGAGACCACCCAAACCACACCAGGGCUGACCUCCAGGACCACCUCACCCACUACCAACAGCACCACAGCAGCCCUUUCUACCACACCAGAGACCACCCAAACCACACCAGGGCUGACCUCGCGGACUACUUCACCCACUACCACCAGCACCACAGCAGCCCCCUCCUCCACGCCAGAGACCACCCAAACCACAGCAGGGCUUACCUCCAGGACCACCUCACUCACCACCACCUCAGGAUCCACAACUGCCCCCUCCUCCACACCAGAGACCACCCAAACCACACCAGGGCUGACCACCAGAACCACCUCACCUUCUAUCACCAGCACCACAGCAGCCCCCUCCUCCACACCAGAGGCCACCCAAACCACACCAGGGCUGACCACCAGGACUACCUCCCCUGCUACCACCAGCACGACAGCAGCCCCCUCCUCCAUUACAGAGACCACCCAAACCACACCAGGGCUGACCACCAGGACCACCUCACCUGCUACCUCCAGCACCACAGCAGCCCCCUCCUCCACCCCAGAGACCACCCAAACCACACCAGGGCUGACCUCCAGGACCACCUCACAUGCUACCACCAGCACCACAGCAGCCCCCACCUCCACUCCAGAGACCACUCAGACCACACCAGCCCUGACCACCAGGACCACCUCACCUGCUACCACCAGCACUACAGCAGCCCCCUCCUCCACGCCAGGGACCACCCAAACCACACCAGGGCUGACCUCCAGGACCACUUCACUUGCUACCACCAGCACCACAACAUCCACCCCCACCUCGCCAGAGACCACCCAAACCUCACCAGGGCUGACCUCCAGGACCACCUCACCCACUACCAACAGCACCACAGCAGCCCCCUCUACCACACCAGAGACCACCCAAACCACACCAGGGCUGACCUCGCGGACUACUUCACCCACUACCACCAGCACCACAGCAGCCCCCUCCUCCACGCCAGAGACCACCCAAACCACACCAGGGCUGACCACCAGGACCACCUCACCUGCUACCACCAGCACCACAGCAGCCCCCUCCUCCAGUCCAGAGACCACCCAAUCCACACCAGGGCUGACCUCCAGGACCACCUCACCCACUAACAGCAGCACCACAACAGCCCCCUCCUCCACACCAGAGACCACCCAAACCACACCAGGGCUGACCUCCAGGACCACCUCACCUGCUACCACCAGCACCACAGCAGCCCCCUCCUCCAGUCCAGAGACCACCCAAUCCACACCAGGGCUGACCACCAGGACCACCUCACCUGCUACCACCAGCACCACAGCAGCCCCCUCCUCCAUGCCAGAGACCACCCAAACCACACCAGUGCUUACCUCCAGGACCACUUCGCCCUCUACCACCAGCUCUACAGUAAUCUCGACCUCUACCACCACCCAAACCACAGCAGGGCUUACCUCCAGGACCACCUCACCUGCUACCUCUAGCACCACAACUGCCCCCUCCUCCACACCAGAGACCACCCAAACCACACCAGGGCUGACCUCCAGAACCACCUCACCUGCUACCACAAACACCACAGCAGCCCCCUCCUCCACGCCAGAGACCACCCAAACCACACCAGGGCUGACCUCCAGGACCACCUCCCCAACUAUCAGCAGCACCACAGUAGCCCCCUCCUCCAAUCCAGAGACCACCCAAACCACACCAGGGCUGACAUCCAGGACCACCUCACCUGCUACCACGAGCACCACAGCAGAACCCUCCUCCACGCCAGAGACCACCCAAACCACACCAGGGCUGCCCUCCAGGACCACCUCACCUGCUACCACCAGCACCACAGCAGCCCCCUCCACCAGUCCAGAGACCACCCAAACCACACCAGGGCUUACGUCCAGGACCACCUCAUCUGCUACCACGAGCACCAGAGCAGCCCCCUCCUCCAGUCCAGAGACCACCCAUACCUCAGCAGGGCUGACCUCCAGGACCACCUCACCUGUUACCACCAGCACCACAACUGCCCCCUCCUCCAGUCCAGAGACCACCCAAACCUCAGCAGGGCUGACCUCCAGGACCACCUCACAUGCUACCACCAGCACCACAGCAGCCCCCACCUCCACGCAGGAGACCACCCAAACCCCAGCAGGGCUGACCUCCAGGACCACCUCACAUGCUACCACCAGCACAACAGCAGCCCCCUCCUCCAGUCCAGAGACCACCCAAACCUCCACAAGGCUGACAUCCAGGACCACCUCACCUGCUACCACUAGCACCACAGCAGCCCCCUCCUCCACUCCAGAGACCAACCAAACCUCUGCAAGUCUGACAUCCAGGACCACCUCACCUGCUACCACCAGCACCACAGCAGCCCCCUCCUCCACACCAGAGAACACCCAAACCUCAGCAACGCUGACAUCCAGGACCACCUCACCUGCUACCACCAGAACCACAGCAGCCCCCUCCUCCACUGCAGAAACCACCCUAACCACACUAGGGCUGACAUCCAGGACCACCUCACCUGCUACCACUAGCACCACAGCAGCCCCCUCCUCCACUGCAGAGACCACCCAAACCACACCAGGGCUGACCUCCAGGACCUCCUCACCUGCUACCACUAGCACCACAGCAGCCCCUUCCUCCACUGCAGAGACCACCCAAACCCCAGCAGGGCUGACCUCCAGGACCACCUCACCUGCUACCACCAGCACCACAGCAGCCCCCUCCUCCACUGCAGAGACCACCCAAACCACACCAGGGCUGACCUCCAGGACCUCCUCACCUGCUACCACCAGCACCACAGCAGCUCCCUCCUCCAGUCCAGAGACCACCCAAAUGUCAGCAAGGCUGACCUCCAGUACUACCUCACCUGCUACCACCAGCACCACAGCAGCCCCAUCCUCCACUCCAGAGACCACCCAAACCACACCAGGGCUUACCUCCAGGACCACCUCAUCUGCUACCACGAGCACCACAGCAGCCCCCUCCUCCAGUCCAGAGACCACCCAAACCACACCAGGGCUAACCUCCAGGACCACCUCACUCACUACUACCAGCCCCACAGCAGCCUCCUCCUCCAGUCUAGAGACCACCCAAACCUCAGCAGGGCUGACCUCCAGGACCACCUCACCUGCUACCACGAGCACCACAGCAGUCCCCUCCUCCAUGCCACAGACCACCCAAAGCACACCAGGGCAGACCUCCAGGACCACCUCACUCACUACUACCAGCCCCACAGCAGCCUCCUCCUCCAGUCUAGAGACCACCCAAACCUCAGCAAGGCUGACCUCCAGGACCACCUCACCUGCUACCACCAGCACCACAGCAGCCCCCUCCUCCACUGCAGAGACCACCCAAACCACACCAGGGCUGACCUCCAGGACCACCUCACCUGUUACCACCAGCACCACAGCAGCCCCCUCCUCCAGUCCAGAGACCACCCAAACCUCAGCAGGGCUGACCCCCAGGACCACCUCACCUGCUACCACCAGCACCACAGCAGCCCCCUCCUCCACGACCACCUCACCUGCCACCACCAGCUCCACAGCAGCCCCCUCCUCCAGUCCAGAGACCACCCAAACCUCAGCAGCGCUGACCCCCAGGAUCACCUCAUCUGCUACCACCAGCACCACAGCAGCCCCCACCUCCAGUCCAGAGACCACCCAAACCUCAGCAAGGCUGACCUCCAGGACCACCUCACCUGCUACCACCAGCACCACAGCAGCCCCCUCCUCCACUCCAGAGACCACCCAAACCACACCAGGGCUUACCUCCAGGAUCACCUCAUCUGCUACCACGAGCACCAGAGCAGCCCCCUCCUCCAGUCCAGAGACCACCCAAACCACACCAGGGCUAACCUCCAGGACCACCUCACUCACUACUACCAGCACCACAGCAGCCCCCUCCUCCAGUCUAGAGACCACCCAAACCUCAGCAGGGCUGACCUCCAGGACCACCUCACCCGCUACCACAAGCACCACAGCAGUCCCCUCCUCCACGCCACAGACCACCCAAAGCACACCAGGGCAGACCUCCAGGACCACCUCACCUGCUACCACCAGCACCACAGCAACCCCCUCCUCCACACCAGAGACCACCCAAAGCACACUAGGGCUGACCUCCAGGACCACCUCACCUGCUACCACCAGCACCACAGCAGCCUCCUCCUCCAGUCCAGAGACCACCCAAACCACACCAGGGCUGACCUCCAGGACCACCUCACCUGCUACCACCAGCACCACAGCAGCCCCCUCCUCCAGUCCAGAGACCACCCAAACCACACCAGGGCAUACCUCCAGGACCACCUCACCUGCUACCACGAGCACCACAGCAGCCCCCUCCUCCAGUCCAGAGACCACCCAAACCUCAGCAAGGCUGACCUCCAGGACUACCUCACUCACCACCACCAGCACCACAGCAGCCCCCUCCUCCAUACCAGAGACCACCCAAACAACACCAGGGCUGACCUCCAGGACCACCUCACUCACCACCACCUCAGGAUCCACAACAGCCCGCUCUUCCACCCCAGAGACCACCCAAACCUCAUCAAGGCUGAGCACCUUGACCACCUUACCUGCUACCUCCAGCACCACAGCAGCCCCCUCCUCCACGCUAGAGACCACCCAAAGCACACCAGGGCUGACCUCCAGGACCACCUCACCUGCUACCAUCAGCACCACAGCAGCCCCCUCCUCCACUCCAGAGACCACCCAAACCACACCAGGGCUGACAUCCAGGAACACCUCACCCACUACCACCAGCACCACAGCAGCCCCCUCCUCCAUGCCAGAGACCACCCAAACCACACCAGGGCUGACCUCCAGGACCACCUCACCUGCUACCACCAGCACCACAGCAGCCCCCUCCUACAGUCCAGAGACCACCCAAACCACACCAGGGCUGACCUCCAGGACCACCUCACCUGCUACCACAAGUACCACAGCAGCCCCCUCCUCCACGCCAGAGACCACCCAAACCUCACCAGGGCUGACCUCCAGGACCACUUCGCCCUCUGCCACCAGCUCCACAGUAAUCUCGACCUCUACCACCACCCAAACCCCACCAGGGCUUACCUCCAGGACCACCUCACUCACCACCACCUCAGGAUCCACAACUGCCCCCUCCUCCACACCAGAGACCACCCAAACCACAACAGGGCUGACCACCAGAACCGCCUCACCUGCUUCCACCAGCACCACAGCAGCCCCCUCCUCCACGCCAGAGACCACCCAAACCACAACAGGGCUGACCACCAGGACCACCUCACCUGCUUCCACCAGCACCACAGCAGCCCCCUCCUCCACGCCAGAGACCACCCAAACCACACCAGGGCUGACCUCCAGGACCACCUCACCCACUACCACCAGCACCAGAGCAGCCCCCUCCUCCACGCCAGAGACCACCCAAACCACACCAGGGAUGACCUCCAGGACCACCUCACCUGCUUCCACCAGCACCACAGCAGCCCCCUCCUACAGUCCAGAGACCACCCAAACCACACCAGGGCUAACAUCCAGGACCACCUCACCUGCUACCUCCAGCACCACAGCAGCCCCCUCCUCCAGUCCAGAGACCGCCCAAACCUCAGCAGGGCUUACCUCCAGGAUCACCUCACCUGCUACCACGAACACCACAGCAGCCCCCUCCUCCACGCCAGAGACCACCCAAACGUCACCAGGGCUGACCUCCAGCGUCACGUCGCCCAUGGCCACUGGCUUCACCGCGGCCUCCACCCUGGAAAUCACGCUCAGCCCUUCGGUUGCCCCCAGCCGGCUGCCGGCCUCUAGCGUGUCCACUGCCGUCACCUCAGGCCUCAGCACCCGUGGGGCCAGCUCCUCUUCCAGCCCGCCCUUCUCCCCGACCCCCUGCUUCUGCCAGGCCUUUGGGCAGCUUUUCUCACCCGGUGAGGUCGUCUACAACAAGACCGAUGGAGCCGGCUGCCACUUCUAUGCCAUCUGCAACCAGCACUGUGACGUCGACCGCUUUCAGGGCGCCUGCCCCACCUCCUCACCCCCAGUGUCUUCCUCCUCCCCUCCCCCGCCCUCCCCUCCCCCUGGCUGCGAUAACGCCAUCCCUCCACGCCAGGUGAAUGAGUCCUGGAUCCUGGAGAACUGCACAGUGGCCAGGUGCGAGGGCGACAACCACGUUGUCCUGCUGGAGCCGAAGCCGGUGGCCAACGUCACCUGCGUGAACAAGCACCUGCCCGUCAAAGUAUGGAACCAGAGCCAGCCCUGCGAUGUCCACUACGAAUGCACGUGCUCCUGCAGCGGGUGGGGGGGCUCCCACUACUCCACCUUUGAUGGCACCUCGUACUCCUUCCUGGACAACUGCACCUACGUGCUGAUGAGAGAAAUCCACCCUCGCCACGGGGACCUGACCAUCCACCUGGACAACCACUACUGUGGGGCCUCCCCCGCCACCGCCAGCUGCCCCCGUGCCAUCAGCAUCGACUACGAGUCCAUGGAGAUCGUCCUCACCACCACCACCGUCGAGGGGAAGGAGGACAGUCUGAUCCUAUUCGACCAAGUGCGGGUGAGCGGGGGCUUCAGCAAGAACGGUGUGAGCGUGUCCGUGACCGGGGCCACCACGAUGCACGUCGACAUCCCCACCCUCGGCGUGAGCAUCACCUUCAAUGGGCACAACUUCCAGGUCCAGCUGUCCUACAGCCUCUUCAGCAACAACACGGAGGGCCAGUGCGGCACCUGCACUAAUAACCAGCAGGAUGACUGCCGCCGGCCAGACGGCACCAUGGCCCCGACCUGCAAGGACAUGGCCAUGUCCUGGCUGGUCUCCGAAAGCAGCAAGGAGGGCUGCGGAGCCCCAACUGGUGCACCCCCAACUGCCAGCCCGCAGCCCUCGGUACCCAGCACGCCCACCUCCACCCCAUGCCCCCCCUCGCCUCUCUGCGAGCUCAUGCUCAGCCAGGUCUUUGCCGAGUGCCACAGCCUCAUCCCGCCAGACCCAUACUUUACCACCUGUGCCAGUGACAGCUGCCAGGCCGGCCACCCCAAGGUGCCCUGCCAGAGCCUGGAGGCCUAUGCAGCACUCUGUCGUGCCAGGGGCAUGUGUCCCGACUGGCGGAAUGCCACCAGCGGGCUGUGCGAUCUCCCCUGCCCUCCCACCAAGGUGUACAAGCCCUGCGGCCCCAUGCAGCCUGCAGCCUGUGACUCCAGGACCCAGAGCCCACCGGUGGAGGGGCUGGCAGAGGGCUGCUUCUGCCCUGCAGACCAAAUCCUCUUCAACGCGCACACGGACAUCUGCGUGCCUGCGUGCCCCUGUGUGGGACCGGAUGGGUUUCCCAAAUUCCCCGGAGAGCAGUGGGUCAGCAACUGCCAGGCCUGUGUGUGUGACGAGGGCUCAGUGUCCGUGCAGUGCGCGCCGGUGCCGUGUGAGGACUGGGGCCAGCCCACGCCGUGCAGCCAGGCCGGCUUCAUGAACGUGACCAGGCCCCGGGCUGACAACCCCUGCUGCCCCGAGACACUGUGCGUCUGCAACACGACCACCUGCCCCCAGAGCCUGCCCAAGUGUGAGCCGGGGGAGGAGCUGACCCGUACCCAGGAGGAGGGCGACUGCUGCCCCACCUUUGGCUGCCGACCUAAGCUGUGCACAUACAACGGCACCGCCUACGGGGUCGGUGCGACUUUCCCAGGGGUCAUCCCGUGCCACACGUGCACCUGCCUGUCCGAGGACACCCAGAACCUAACCGUGCGGUGUGAGAAGGAUGCCUGCACCACCACCUGCCCCCAGGGCUUCCAGUACUCAAGGGUGGCCGGGCAGUGCUGCGGGGAGUGCGUGCAGACCGCCUGCCUCACGCCGGACGGCCAGCUUGUCCAGCCCAACGAAACCUGGGUCAACAGCCUCGUGGACAACUGCACCGAGUACCGCUGCAAGGCUGAGAACCGUCGCCCCCUGCUGACCCCUCAGCCCGCGCCCUGCCCUGACGUGUCCAGCUGUAGGGGGAUCCUCAGGAAAACCGGCUGCUGCUACUCCUGUGAGGAAGAGGACUCCUGUCGAGUCCACAUCAAUACAACCGUCCUGCGGCACCAGGACUGCGUGACCGAAGUCAACAUCACCUCCUGUGAGGGCUCCUGCCCCGGAUCGUCCAAGUACUCUAUGGAGGCCCAGGCCAUGCAGCACCUGUGCACCUGCUGCCAGGAGACGAAGGCCCAUGAGGAGACAGUGACCCUGCAGUGUCCUGAUGGCACCAACAUCCUGCACACCUAUACCCAUGUGGACGCGUGUGGCUGCACCCCAUCCUGCUUGCCCUCGUCCACAGCUCCCACGGACACCCCUGUCUCCUCAGUCUAG